AGAUCAUCUGCUUGACAGUUUGAGAGGUUCGCUUCUACGUUAUGGGAGGGUGUGAGCCCCUGCCUUGUAUAAAAGCCAGAGAAACAAAGAAAAAUCAUCAAUUGACCUUCCUCCAGAGUGACAAUCUGAACUUGUGAAAAUCCCCAUCAUUCUACAGGGAGAACUAUGGAGCCUCUACCCUCUGGCCUGGUUCUGGUUCUGGUUCUGUGUGUGGCUGGAUCAGUCCAAGGUCAACCACCAGGCGUGAAGGAAAGAUAUGAAGAGUUCCUUAGGCAGCAUAUCCGUAGUAGCAUGACUGUAAAUAAAUGUACCGGUGUUAUAGGGUAUCUGAAACUCACCGAGCCAGAUGGAAAAACUUGUAAAGCAGUCAACACCUUCAUUAAGGCUAGUAAAGACCAAGUCAAACAAAUUUGUACCUCAGGGACCGUAGUAGGCAAUCUGGUGCAAAGUGCACAAACCUUUCCGUUAAUCAUAUGUAAAUAUAGCGGAGGGAAACCCUAUCACCCCUAUUGUGAAUAUCGGGGAUUUGCAGACACCAGAUACAUUAAGAUUGCCUGUGAACAGGGUUGGCCUGUGCACCAUGGCGGUGACAUUAUAGUCGUUUAAAGCCAAGGUAAAGAAAUGCCAGAAUGUUUAAUGCAUUGCCAACAUUACCAGUUCAUUCCGUUCUUCUGUCAAUCCUGAUACAAAAAGCAGUGCUGUCAGCUACUGUUGGCUUUUCCCAUUUAAACUGUGUUUGCUUCUGUAUUGCAUAGUAAUUGCUUAUUGCCAUAUUUAAUUUACAGAAUUUUCUAAAAAUACCAUGCUCUGUAUCAUGUAUGAUGAACACAUGUCUCAGAAGAAAAUUAUUUUCUGUACUUGCUAUAAAGGUUUUCAGCAAAAACA